GCGGCCCACAAUAAUACCUUUGUUGUGUUGGGAAGAAGACUUCGCAGCUUCGCAAGAUGAUUAUUGAUCCUCUCCCUUCUCCUCCUUUCGGCUUCGCUGUGGCUCUUCAAAGCCGCCAAAGCCUUCGCGUCCAUAAUAUGUUGAGCCGUAUCUUCUGCAGCUCGGCUUGGAGCCCAAACGGCGCCCCUAAACCGGGUUGGAUGGGCUGUUUUGAAUGGAAGCUAAUCGGGUUAAGGCUCUGAACCGGCCAUGGAAGAACAUCUGGGGUGCCCUAAGUUUUUCAUACCAUAUUUGAUUACCAGGUAUACCUUUUCCUUCAUUCACAAUUUACGAAUUUAAUAUAAAAUCAUAAUUUCUCUUUUCUUAAAAGGGCACCAUCAUAUUCUCUCGACUCUUGGCCACAAGUCCAGGUUUUGGUAAUUCCAUACCCGUUGUAAUUGUUUCCUAAUUUCUUUUUUUGCAACUCUAGAACCCUAGAGCAUUAGAAUCGCUUAUUGAUAUCGCUUCUCAUUACGCGACUUAUAGAGCCCGUUUCUCCUUGCUGAUACCGUCUUCUCUUUCCUGGUCAAAUUCACACCGCUCGCAGAGAGAAAAUCAAGCGAACAAGAAACAAUGAAGAAUGCGGAGGUCUACAGAUUAAGAUCGAGAACAAUAUACGGAUCUGAAAGCAGACCUUCCAAAACAAAAAGGCGUGGUAGAUCUGGUCAGAGGAUGAAAGAUGCAGGGCCUAAGAGGCAACCUGUCAAGCACCAUGGAGGUCUUGGUCCGCCGCCACUUCAGUGGACUAAAAAGCAACUAGAAACCAUGGAUGCGACGUGCCAGAGGAUUGCUGAGAUUGGACUUGAAUACUACAAUACCAACAAAGCUCCCUAUGCUGGGGAUGGUGCUACCUAUGAGCUGGUGGAAACAAGGGAUUGCACCUCAUUCAUCAAACGCAUGACAUCAAUUGUUAAGGCUCAUUCCAACUUUACUGCCAAGCCCGUCCACUCAAAUGGACCCACAAUGCUCUUCUUUACUGAACUCUCAUGUCCAGUUUCAUCCAAGAAACCUUUUGUAGCAACUAACACUACUGUUCACAGCUGCUGCUUGCUUGGCUGUGAUGGUGAAGUUAAUACAGGUUCUAAUGGUUGCCUUUCCUGUGAUCGGUCAAGUCUUCAUCACCCUCUUGAUGAAGACUUUGAUGUUGGGCAUCGGAUUCAUCGCCUAUCAUAAGCCCCAUUGUUAAUUAGUGUAUGCUGUGGGCUGCUGCUAUUACUCAGUAACCACUUUUUGCCUUAUCUAUGCCAUUGCUUAGUAAUCGUCAUGUACUCAAAUUAUUUAGAAACCGUUCUGUAUGUACUCGUGACCUAUUUGGUGUGUAUUGAUGCCUCUAUCUGUUAUGUUGAAUACAGUAUGUUCCCAUCACUCCAUAUUUGUUGUUCACUUUUUCUGCUUUAACUAUUGUAUUCACAUUUCUUAACUUUUCA